GUCACCGAGGUGAAGGACGAGCCCUCGGCCAAGCGGGAGCGACAGGCUUAUGACAGAAAAAACAUGAGGCCAUGAGGCUGUGAGAUGUGGACAGAUUGGGGCGGCACUCGCCUGUCUAGCUGCAGACCUCCAGUUUGUGUUCCCUGAUUUUAGUAGCAGCUGCGUAGUGAACUUGAAUGCAGCUCUGGGUGACUUUGCAUUGGUGAUUGGCUUCUGGAUGAAAGAGCUGAAAUGUUUGCCAAAACGACAGUAAUGUAAUUGUUCAACUCAGAGUUAAACCAUCUCAAUAAUGCCAUUUAAAGUUUUGGCAACUGACACUAUAACUGGAAAGGCAUUAGAGGCAGAUGUACACAAUGCAGUUCCUACUGAAAAAGUGGAUGGAACCUGCUGUUAUGUAACGACGUAUAAAGGACAACCCUACCUAUGGGCCAGGUUGGAUCGAAAACCCACCAAACAAGGUGAAAAAAGGUUUAAACGAUUCUUGUAUUCAUUGGAAGAUUGCAAAGAAUUUGUCUGGAAUAUUGAAGAGGAUUUCAAGCCUGUUCCAGAUACCUGGAUUCCAGCAAAGGACAUAGAGUUCUCUAAUGGCAAUCCUUUGCCUGAUGAAAAUGGACAUAUGCCAGGUUGGGUGCCCGUGGAGAAGAAUAGUAAGCAGUAUUGCUGGCACUCAUCUGUUGUAAAUUAUGAGGCAGGAAUAGCACUGGUAUUGAAACACCAUGCUGACCCAGGGCUUCUGGAAAUCAGUCCCGUGCCUUUAUCAGAAAUUUUAGAACAAACAUUGGAGCUUAUUGGGACUAAUAUCAAUGCAAAUCCAUAUGGAUUAGGAAGCAAGAAGCACCCUGUACAUCUUCUAGUCCCACAUGGAGCAUUUGAAAUAAAGAAUCCACCUGCUUUGAAGCAAAAUGACAUACUGUCUUGGUUUGAAAGCUGCACAGAGGGUAAAGUUGAAGGAAUUGUGUGGCACUGCCAUGAUGGGUGUUUAAUCAAGCUCCAUCGCCAUCAUCUUGGUUUACCUUGGCCACUUGCAGAGACAUACCUGAAUUCUCAGCCUGUUGUAAUUUCUUUUAACAGAACUAAAUACGACUGUGACUUUGAACCAAAGAGUUUGUUUUACCAUUUUUCAGUGUUGGAUGGACAAAGAUUUGACAGACUCAAAGAUAUCAAGUUUGAUGCUUGAAAUGAUUUUUUUUCUUUUAAGUUAAUUGUUGUAUGUCCUGCAUUACUCUUACUUGUGUCUGCCACAGAAUUCUUCAUGAAUAGUCUUCUAGCUUAGGCAACAGCCCAGGUACUACUGUAUCAUUUAAGUUUAUCCUAAAUGACUAAUUUUAUAUAACAGAGAUCUACCUUCCAGCAUGUUUAUUUUAUGAAAAGUCCUUAAUUUUGAACCCAUUCCUGGAAACUGUUAGCAUUGAGUGUAAGAUGUAUGUUUUCUACUGCUGGCUGGUCCUAAAAGCUUUACUAAUUAACGCAAUCUACUGGAAAAGUUACAUAGGUUGUGCUUCUACAAAUGUAAUUAUUAUGACACUAUUGUAUGUAGGUUUGAGACUUAGUAUCAAAUUUCUUAACAGUAGAAGGACAUAUUUCAGGUGGGACCAGAAUUAGUCCUAAAAUUUGACAUUUUUUUUUAAAGUUGUAAAAGUUUCUUACAUGGGAAAACUUCCUGGUAUCAUUUAACUGUAUAUCUGCAGCAUUAUACUAUUAUUUAAAAACCCAAUUAACCUAUAUCCUCCAGGCACUUGCACUAUUUCAGGACAAAGAGAGUAAAUAAUAGAAAAUAAGCUAUUUUUAUUCUGGAGAGCCUAGUAAGUGGAGAGAGACAUGACUUGGUUUAGUAAUUCCCAUUUACAACUAUGUCUCAAUUAGGAAACUUCAUCAAAGGCAUAUUAAGAUAAGGUAUAUAAAUAAUAAAGGAGAGACUGAAUGAU